UAGUUUUCCCAAAACUUUCACUGCUUUCUGAAAGGAAAUAAACAUUUAAUCGGUAAAAUGCAAAGACCUCAGAAAAACGCACAACUCAAAUUCAAAAAUUGAAAGCGCGCCAGUGAACAUAUGGCGUGGUGAAUUGGCGGGUGGUGAGUUCGAUCCAGCCCUUGGAAUGGGGAGUUGGCAAAGGCGCCAAUAAAGUUGACCAGUAAAAGCGAAGGAAAAACGUGAUAAAAGUCAAGGACUUGGCCAAAAACCCGCUACCUACGUUGGAACCUACAGCUUGGACUGCCUAUUUAUAGAUAAAGUUGCAUUUAGAUCAGGGCUGAUUGCAAAUUUUUUUUUUUUUUGCAGAUGGCCAGCAAGCGGCUGAUGCUCGAUGUGGAGGAGGAAGAAGGGGCAUGUGGCCAGGAGGAUUCCACUUUGGAUGCCCACGAUGUGGAUGUGGAAAACCAGGCCAAGAGACGCAAGUCUGGCGCCACGCAGGAAACGCCGUUGCAAAGGAUGCUCAAACGGCAUCUUCCCGCCAGUGCCGGCAUUCUGUCGCCCAUCACCGAAUUGGCCCAGAAUAUGCGCGGUGCCCGUCUGGACGGGACACCCAAGUCCACCCAGCGAACUCAAUCCUCCAGGACCUUUAACAGCGUGUCCUCGCGAACCCUAAGCAGCUUUAGCAGCUCCUGCUCCAGCUACGAUUCUGGCAACUCCCUGGAUGAUGAAUACAUGGCCAUGUUUGAGCUGGAUUCUGCCGAGGAUCACAAUGUAGAGCUACCCGAUGACCUGGAACUGCUCCUCAGCGGGCAGCUAAAAUCAGAAGGCAAUCCGGAUAAGGAAACAACUAAGCAGACACGCUCACUACGUCGCUGUUUAAGUUUGUUCCCCAGCGAUCAACCAGAGGAUGAGGAACCAGCGGGUCAGGAGACCAAGUCACCCAUCAAGAAGUUGCAAAGGAAGACCCUCUCCAUGAACGAUGCAGAAAUCAUGAGCGCUCUGGGCGAGGAACCCCAAUUAAUUGGGGAUCUCAGCAAGCCUUGUGCUUUGCCCUGCUUAUUAACAGGCAUAAGACAUCGUGAUCUGAAGACCAUCUCCAGUGACACACUGGCCCGUCUAAUCCAAGGGGAGUUCGACCAGGAAUUGGGAAGCCAUGGUGGCUAUCAGAUUAUAGACUGUCGAUAUCCAUACGAGUUCCUGGGUGGUCACAUACAAGGAGCCUUGAAUCUGUACACACGUGGCCAAAUACAGGAAUCUUUUCCUUGUUUGACUUCAAACCAGGAGGAUCGUCGCAUCUAUGUGUUCCACUGCGAAUUUUCCUCGGAGAGGGGUCCCAAGCUACUACGCUUCCUACGGAGCAACGAUAGAAGUCAGCAUGCCCACAACUAUCCGACACUGGGCUAUCCAGAGCUCUACAUACUGCACAAUGGCUACAAGGAGUUCUUUGGGCUGUACGGUCAGUUAUGUGAGCCCAGCCAAUAUGUGCCCAUGCUGGCGCCAGCGCACAAUGAUGAGUUCCGGUACUUCCGCGCCAAGACCAAAUCCUGGCAGUGUGGCGAAGGUGGAGACAGUGGAAUCGGCGGUGGAGGCUCUCGGGGCCUCCGGAAGUCGCGAUCCCGCCUGCUCUACGCCGAGUAAUAUUUGAGGUCACUGGAAAUAAAUCCCAAACCUUCCCGCCUGGUUUAAUCCCCACUUAGAUCUCAUGGAGAACCAAUGGUUCCCCAUUUUUACCCACAGAACAAAAUGAAUUUUUUUAGGACGCAAAUUUUUAGAUUCCUUUUUCGUUGGGUUGUUCAAAUGUUGUGAAAGCCCUUUAGAUUUAUUUGUACAUGUUUAAUUCCAGUUUAGUUCAGCGUUGUGUGAAAAAGAAGACGAAAACUAAAACAAUGGGAACAAGAUAAAUGGAAAUGGAUAAAUGUUCUCUAGUCAGUGAAAGCUCAAAUUUCGAAAUUGAUUCUAGUUUACUUUUUGUGUUUGGCAUUUAAUAGUUAACUUUACAAAGUAUUUCGUGUUAUAGUUUAAUAAACAAAAUCGAUUUAAAUAUGUAAAGAAAAUGUCCCUAAUUUUUAAGCAUUAUAAUCUUAUCUUUAGAUUUAAGAAAAUGAUGAAAUCGAAAAAAAUUCUAAAAUAUUAUAUUUAUGUAUAAAUACAAACUGUGCCAAAAUGAUCAUUUUUUGAUUUGAUUUAUAUCAUCUAUUAUAUUAAACUAAUAAUAUGAUUUAAUAACCAUUCAUUUAAGGAACUAAAAGAACUAAUUUAUCAAAGCAGGAGAAAUAGGAAAAUGCUUCCUUGUAAGUAAACGUUUGAAUGUUGAAACUUA